AAUAAGAUCACGAGAGAGCGUCGAUUCUCAACGUCCCACUGAAUAAUCGCUAAAUCUAAUUGUGAAAAAUACUAAUUAAAAAAGUUUAAUCUCGUAUCACUUCUCGAGGUUUUUACGAGAGUCAAAAUUUCAACCCCCUUCCGAGGGUCGUUCGGGGCUCCGUUUAUCUGGAUACAAAAUAACGAGUCUAUUGCCCACUCAGUGAACAAGAGUGCCCAUUAAUAAUCGGUGUUAUAAUUAGAGUGUGAAAAACAAAUUGUACAUACGUAUGUGUGCUUGUGACGCAGCACUAUUAUAGUGCCAAACACCGUGCGAGGUUGACCCAAAAUCUCACUAUCUGCGAACACGCACAAACAUCUAUAAAUGUACAGAAACAAACAGCACCCGUUGUCCCGAUCGUUGUUGAACAACGCGAACUGCCAAACACGAGAAUAUCUCGAGAGACAAUCGUAUCGUGAUCGAUUGUUUGAGUGAAACAUUCGGCUACCCCCGCGCGUGCAUGGACUUUGAUCUAUCGGCCAGUUUUCGGGCGAGCGCUUUUCAACGGAGUACCAAAUACUCGAGCACCAAUGAUCCAAGCGUUCGGGUAUGAUUAUCGAGGAGAAAUAAACUGAGGAAACACUCGAUACGAAUAAAGCAACGAACGGUGGAACGAGAUAGUUGAACAACUGUGGGAGCACGAAAACUGCACGGGUUCUGAUCGAAGGGACCAAAAAUGCGCACAAUUACGAAUCGGGGCUCCAAUUUGGAAAAGCUCGCGGCGAGAUCAACGGAUUACGGUGACGAGAUUUGGCUCUAAAGACACACGUGCGUUUAUAAUUCACUUGGAACAUGUGAGUGGCUGCGUGUAAUUCGGAGAGAUAAGAUACAUGAAAGUUCUCACUGAUCGAUCCCGAGCUUGAUCGAAUCGGCGUUGAUCGGAUUAAGUUAACGAGGCCCCAUUGGCAUCGUAAAACAGGAUUUCGAGUGAGAGCGAGCAGAAGCACAGGGGGCGGAAGAAACAUACCGAGAGAUCACGUCAUCUUCUCGUUAACGUCUUCAAGAGCUCUCGGUAAACUUUUCAAUCAACGAUGGACGUAAGGAAACCCGUUUGGAUUAUCUCGUGCGCGUAUAUCUUCUGGUUUUUCGUCGGGGCUGUGACUGCAGGACGCGUUUUCGAUGUGAUGAAUCCCGUGGUGACUCAGAUCCUCGCGGAUGCUGGACAGAAUCUAACCCUCGAGUGUCCCGGGGUAACCGAAUACCUUAUGGUAUCGAGACUCGAGUGGCGUUCGAACGAUGUUCGUAUCGUCGAAUAUGGGAGUCAAAGUACGACCCUUUUCGUACACAGUAAUCGAGUCUCUCUGUUGGAGAAAAAAUUUGCACUUUUCUUCAGUCCAGUCAAGUCGGAGGACAGCGGGGAGUAUCAGUGUCUCGUCAACAGUCGUAACGUUCCUGAAGUCAUCGUCAACCUGACCGUUCAAGACGUACCAGAUCCGCCGGGGCGUCCGAUAGCGACGAACUUUACGUCCCGUUCUAUCACGAUAUCAUGGGCACCGAGCGAAAACUCUCACAACAAUCCAAUCUCCCACUACAUUAUAAACGUCCGGGUCGGUGAGAAUGGCCCUUGGGACGAGAAGAAAGAGAUCGUAACGCCGAACAACGACACGAAAUAUUAUUUGGAUAAUUUGAUGCCAUUCACGUCGUACAGUUUUCGAGUUUCGGCGGUUAACGCGCGUGGGAGAAGUGCUCCGAGCAUAACGUCACAUUACAUCACAACGCUUCGCGAAGUUCCAGUUGGCAAACCCACAAUCACCGCUGCCUACAACACCUCAGCAACGUCCAUACUCAUUGCCUGGAAACCGCCUAGUCUCGACACGAUGAAUGGCGAAUUUCUUGGCUACAGAAUCGCGUACAAACCUCGUAACAUGGGACCCGAGCAUAUCAAGGAAAUUUAUAUACGUAAUCGUAAAACUGAGAGACACACGAUUACAAAUUUGGAAACUUUUACUCAAUAUUCCGUAUCACUGGCAGUCUUCAAUCCCGAAGGAACGGGACCAAAUGCUUCAGUCGUCAUAAUGACCGACGAAGGAGUACCCAGCAAACCUCUCAAUCUCACUGCCCAUGGCGUUAACUCAACGUCUAUCGAACUGUCAUGGUCGGAACCGGACAAUGCAAACGGUGCCAUAGAAGGAUACAGAGUCUACUUCAUGCAUUCCAAUUUCACGGAUGUCCGGACCCAAAAGAAAAAUGAGCCUAAUCAUCCCGUCAUCGAAUUCGUGCUCAAUAAACUCAAUCCGUUUACCGAGUAUAAAAUAUGGGUCAAAGCAUACACGUGGAAAAACGAGGGGGAGCCAUCCGAGCACAUUAUACAAAAGACUGACAUAUCGGGACCGAGCGCUCCUGUUAUUCUGAACCUGACGUGCCAGGCUCACGAUGCGAUAUACCUCUAUUGGGCGAGGCCUGAAAAAUUUUGGAAUUCCAUCGAUUAUUAUUACAUUAUGUAUCGCAGCGAUAAUAACAAGGAUUACGAGGAAAUGAAAAUUCCAGCUGACACGGAACAUCUCAACAGUGGAAUAACGAUCCCGAAUUUGACGAUGAACACUGUUUACGAGGUUAUGGUAGCCGGCGCAACGAGAAGUCACAUAAAGCGUAACCUUAUAAUACGAGGAAAUUACAGUAUGCCGGGAACCCAAUUAGUGGCACCUAAUUGCGACAAAACUCCACCACUGAUGCGUCGAAGCAACGACGAAUUGAGCGCCGGUGUCAUAGCCGGAAUGAUAUGCGCUUGUUUCGCCGUUAUGCUCGCUGUCACUGCCCUUGUUUUGUGGAGGCCGCCUCUCAGGCGUGUUUUCAGAAAAUGCUUUCAGACGACGUACUGCUUCCUCGAUUAUCCACCGAGAAACGUGCCCACUCUUCAAGAAUGGGAAAACAGCAAACAAGACGGAGAGAGAACUGCGGUUGCAGUUCAAAGAUUCGUGCAGCACGUCGCUGCCCUGCACGCCGACGGGGAUAUUGGUUUCAGCAAGGAAUUCGAACUCUUUCCGAAAGAAACGGAAUUAUAUCUCGCUGACAAUUCAAAACACGCUGAAAAUCAGUCGAAGAAUCGUUACGGCAAUAUUAUAGCGUACGAUCAUUCUCGCGUAAGAUUGCUGUCGUGCGUUGGUGGCUCACCGAACAAAGGCCAGGAUUACAUAAACGCGAACUACAUCGAUGGUUGGCAAAGGUCACGCGCCUACAUCGGUACCCAAGGGCCUCUGCCUUCGACAAUCGAUAGCUUUUGGCAAAUGGUUUGGGAACAACGCGUUUCCAUCAUCGUGAUGAUAACCAAUCUCGUGGAACGCGGAAGACCAAAAUGUGACAUGUAUUGGCCUAAAGAAGGUACCGAGAGCUACGGUCACAUUCAAGUGAGCCUUCUGCGAGAAGACGUGAUGGCAACGUACACCAUUCGCACUUUACAUAUUCGGCAUCUAAAGCAGAUAAAGAAGAAGAAAAACGGUGUGAAUGUGGGCGAGAGAACGGUUUAUCAAUAUCAUUACACCGGAUGGCCAGAUCACGGUGUACCCGAUCACCCACUUCCGGUUCUAAGCUUUAUUCGCAAAUCAUCGAAUGCCAAUCCACCGGCAGCUGGACCAAUCAUUGUUCAUUGCAGUGCCGGAGUUGGUCGUACCGGAGCGUACAUCGUGAUUGACGCGAUGCUGAAGCAAGCGAAAAGCAAAAACGAGAUAAACGUAUUUGGUUUCCUCAAACACAUACGUACGCAACGUUACUCCUUAGUUCAAACCGAGGAACAGUACAUUUUCAUCCACGACGCGUUGCAAGAAGCAAUUGAGAGCGGAGAGACGAACAUCCCGGUCGAAAACUUGCUGCACCACGUGCAGGAGAUGUUGGUCUCGUCGAACACGAAAACUGAUCCAUGGAACAGUCUCGAGGCUCAAUACAAGCUCGUCACAGCGUGGAAGCCAAAAGAUUUCAAUUUGGUGUCAGCUACGAAAGCUUGCAACGUAAAUAAAAAUCGAAAUCCCGAAAUCGUCCCGAUCGAGACCGCGAGGGUUCAUCUUACACCAAAAGCCGGAAUUGAUGGCAGCGAUUACAUAAACGCCACAUGGUUUCCAGGUUUUCAGAGAAAUCGAGAAUUUAUCGUGACGCAGCAUCCGCUGAAAAACACGAUCAAGGAAUUUUGGCAAAUGAUGUGGGACCACAAUUCUAAAACUGUUGUAAUGUUGACGCAAUGUGACGAGGAAUAUCCGGAAUUUUGGCCGAGCGAGGGAGAAGAACUCAACACUGACAAUUUCCGGGUCCAUCUCUGCGGGGUUAAGAAAACCGUGAGCGGUGUCGUACUCCGGGAAAUAGUCGUGAGAUCGUUGCAGGACGAUUACGAGCUCAGUGCGAGAAUCGUACAAGGCCCGGUCACCCAAUCCGGCCUGUGGCCUCACAACAACAAUCCCAAAGCUUUCGUCGAUAUCAUUCAAGAUUUUCACAGAGAUUAUCAAAAUGGACCCAUCGUCGUCAUGGACAGAUACGGUGGAAUUGAAGCUGGUUUAUUUAUUCUCAUGACGACUCUGAUGAAGCAAUUGGAGUUCGAAAAGUCGGCGGACAUUUACAUGUUUGCUAAAUUGUUGUACAUGAAGAGACCCGGAAUCAUAAGGUCGAAGGAGGAUUACGUGCUGAUAUAUCAGUGUCUGGAGGCAGUGCUGUCGUCGAAAUCUCGAGUAGAGCCGGAUCUCUACAUAAUGGCGAACGGCCACGUGAAUUGUUCGAUAAACGAUACGAACGAGGCAGUGCAACGGGGGGGAAUGGAUUAUUCAACGAAAAUCGGGACGAUAAGAGACUACGCGAGUCUGACUGCGGGUAGUGAUCAGGAAUACGUGCACCCGGAUUACGCGAUGUCGAAUCGCAUGAACAAUAUAAACGCCGAGCGAGGGUGUACGACGAUCGACGGCUGUGCCGAUUACGACGACGACAUUAUGAACGACGGUGCAACGAUACCGUUGAGAAAUCCAAAUUAUUCGAAUCACACGGGGGAACAAAUAACGAUCGACGCGAAUGGCUACAUCACCAACGGAAGUAUGAGAAUACCACCCGAGGGAAUGGAAGCGACAUGCGGAAUGGUCCCACAAUGAUGGAGGGAUUUUUCAUUGCAGACUGACGAUUCGUACCGGCAUUCGAGACGUCCGAGCCAGCAUCCGGUUGAUUCGAAUUACGUGCGAACGAGUUGCGGACAUUUUUACGAAGAUUUUCAAGAGCAUCGAAACCCGAGGACUUUAUUGUCAAGCGAAAGACACAACGUGUGACGAAUCGUUAUGAAAAACGACGGAAACGCUCAUUCGGACGAGAGCGAACCGACGGGAACGAGGGACGAGACAUUUUUGUAACCGGAGUCGUUUCGAUCGAGAAAUUUCCAUUCGCUCUUCUUUUUAGUGUUUUCUUUUUCUAAUCCAUUUUUAGGAAGAGAAAAAGCCAUGUAUUUUAGUACGCGCCAUUUUUUCUGAUUUUUUAUGAUUCUUCAUAUAGCUUGACACGAAACACACCGGAGAUUACGACGACGACUCGAUGCUUUCGUCGUCCACCUAGUCCAUAACGAAAAAUAAAAAAAAAUACGAGAAAGCAGACAAGAUAAACGAUUUCAAACGUUUCCAUUCGUCUGUCCAUUAUUAUAAAUUAUGUAUAUUUUCAUUGUAAAUAAUUUAAUGGACCAUCCGACGAACCUAGUUGCCAAAGAAUUAGGUAUUAAUGUGCGUAUCGUUAGCCGAAUAAAUGAAUGAAAAAUGGAAACAAUGUACGAACAAACGCGUAGGACAGAACAACAAAUAAUGAUACGAAAAAGAAUAAUUUGUGUACAUAGAAGUGAAGAUUUUGUAAUUUUGUCUUCGCGUCAUCUUUUAUUUUUGUGCUUUCUUCGAAUCUUUAUUCGCUCGACGAUAUUUUAGUUAGAAAAACUUGUUUUUUGUACAUUUUUCUGGACUAUCCUCUUUGACUCAAAGAAUUUCGAUUUUCUACAUCAUCCGUGAAUUCUGUUGUUCUCUCCGACGAAUGAGAGCAACGUUUUAACGAAGAUACGAAAAAACAAACCCCGAGUUAUACAUCGAUUCGAUAGACUGAAUUUUUUUUUUUAAUCGUAAUUUACCGAUACAAGUGGAACAAUAUUUUUUUAUAUAUGUUUUUUGUUUUCCUUUCGUUUUCAUUUUAAUGACGUCUCUCUCUCUCACAGAGUGAGAAUAAAAUUCAUAGAGGAGCGGAUUCUCCUCAAUCACCAACAGCCACAUGAUAAUUGCGUUUUAGUGGUUAAAAACGUUUUUAAGUGACAAUUUUUCUUUUUUUAAACAAUAAAAAUUGUUAUAGACUUUUACUUUAACUCGUUUUUUUUUCCAUGAAUCCUUUUUUAUCAGGCCACAUAAAUUCCUUCGUGGUGUUGGCAUCUACCAACUAUAAACUUUUCAAUCAAACAUUUUAUUCGAACACAUUUAUCGCCCAAACAACGAGUGAUGAAUUCUCGUGCUCUCGAACUAUGAGUUCACGAAAAACACGUAAUGUAUUCAUUUAUUUAUAGAUAUUAGAACGAGCGUGAUAAAUUUUUGAGAGAUAAUCCGCUGGCCUGGAAUACUCACUGCCAAUUUUAUUAAAAAACUUUUUUUAUUUCUUUAUUUAUACAACGAAAAUUUUUUUACCGAAUAAUAACGUACAUUUUCGUUGCUAUCAUCACUUAAACGAAUCGACUAAAAAACUUUCUUACCACAUUGAGCAUUAUCGCGGAAUCGAAGAUAAAGUUUUGAAUGAAAAUGUCUUCCUCGCUAAAGUCAUUCCUUAGCUCGCACACUGAACGACGAUCAUUUUCAAAUAUUCAUCACUUCGUUCCUUAGCAAUGAUUCACAUGGAGAAAAAACACACACACACACACACACAUUCUACGCUUCAUUCACCGAUACACCAUCGUAACGGUGCCUGUAAAGACUGAAAAUUUUUAUUCCUUCUCAAAUAUAAUUAAACUAAUGUCGUUUUGUGUAAAAUGUAUAAAUUUCAAAAAAAAGUCAUAGAAUGCCGAGAAUCAAAGUCUCAAAACCGCUGUAUUUUGAAGAACACAAACUUUUUGACCGAUUCAACGGUCCGUGUAUAGGAGGAAAAGAAUAAAGUGUCAAUCACGAAUUUAUUUGUCCAAAAGUCAUUGAGAAAUCGAUAUUUUGUCAAUUAUUCUCGAGACGCUAACCCUCGAUUCUUGUUAUUUUCAAAAUCUUCAAUAUUUUUCACAAAGUUUACGUCCUCGACAGAAAUUCAUGAAUAUUUGUAAAACUUUUAAAAGCGCUCCUCCUAUACAACCGUAAUCGAGCAAGCGUUUGAUUUAAAAAAAUCAAGUUCGAUUCGAAAAUCGACAAAAAUGUAGAAAGUAUAUAGCUGUACCUAUUGUACGAACGAAAUAAGGUGAAGAAUUUCAAAAAAUACCAUUAAAUAUCCCUCCAGUGCGUUCGACAUCUACUAGAAUUAAAUCUAUCAGAGUCGCGAAUGAUAAAAAGUGAUAAAGAGGAAGCGAGAGAAUGAUAAUAUGGGAGAACGAAAGAAAUGUGAAAAUUUUAAGUUUAUCAUCAAGCACUAAGAUUACAAAAGAAAUCAUUAUUCCUUGGGCCUCUCGCGUGUCUGUGGGAACCCAAGAAAAAAUCUAUAUAAAUAUAUAAAUAUGAAUUAUGAUAUGUAGAGCAGUGAUUUCAUGACAAAUCGACUCAGUUGUUUCUGUAAAAAUAAAAUGCGUCGCACUCGCGUGUUAAUCUGUCGUGAAGUAAGCCACAUGUAGAAACGACGUUGAAUGACUGCAAAGAGAUCGUGAAUGAAGUGACUAAAAAAUGAAUUUUCGAAGUGAGACAAAGAGGAAAAAACAUCGUAGUUUUGUAGUCUACGGAAGUGAAUGCCGAAAUUUUCAGUCUCCAAUAACUGAUGAGUCAAAGACAAAAGCACUGAUUGCCAGUAAUAUUUGAUCCGCGAAUUCGUGACUGCCUUAAAAACAUCGAUUGAUCGACUAAAAAUCCGUUUGGCCCGCUCUUCCUCCUCGAUUUUUCAAUUAUAAUACGAAUUGGUGCAAUUAGUAAGUGAUUUAUGAAGAUAUUCAUAACGAGCUCUCCGUUUGAAAGUUCAAGAUAAAAAUAAAAAAAAAGGAAAAUUUUUAAUGAAACGUUAAAUCGAUCUCCGAGCGAAAAUUCUCCGUCUAUCUUAACACUAUUUUCGAUGUCAGUACCAGAUCGUACUAAAUGCUGUAUUAUUACGCUGUAGUCGACAUUUACCGUAACAAUUAUAACUUAAAUCAUAAUCUCGAUAAUAUUAAUAAUUAUGAUACUUUGAAAAAAAAAAAAUAAAUAAAAACGAUAUAUACAUAUGUAUAUAUAUUACACAUAAGCAAAAUCAAUUAGCCGUGUAUAGAGAGAAAUGUAUAGAUUCUAGUCAGUGAAAUGAAAAUCUGUGACAAAAGCAGGCGCGUGUGUAUCGAACGAUGAUCCAACAAUUCGGACUCCAGGCAGACCUAAAUUCUCAAUUUGUUUUUUCUUUUCUUACUUUUUGUCGUAUGUAGAAAUUUGUAACGAGGCAGAUUCGAGAAGCUCGGUAUUUCGAUAAAUGCAGCAGACCGGAAAGGGAAGGUCUGCCUAAAAAAAGUGUUUCGAUUGCUUGCACUCGCUGGAGCAUGUGGGCCGAAAGGAAGGAACGAAAAGAAAGAGAAAAAAUAAAAUUGAUACGAAGCGAAAAUGGCUUUUAGGAAAAACGAAAAUGGAAAUUUGGCUCGCGGCUGUAAAUCCUUAGAACUGUAUGUUUGACGUAGUAAUCGAUGGACUAAGUAAUGUUAUUAUUACAUAAUUAAUAACGAGUUACAAUCGAAGAUGAAACAAGCAAAUAAUCACAAUCAGACUAACGGAAGAAGGAAGGAGAAGGAAAGCAAUCCAAGGCUAGUUUUUAAUGCGAAAAUAAGACGCAACGGCGCGUGACACAAAAAACACUUGAACGAGCAUUCGCUCUAGUAUUUUCCCUCAAAGAGACGAAAAUAAAAGAACUCUGUGGGAUUUGAAACUUCUUAUUUAUUAGGACACUGAACCAGGAGUUAUGCGAGUUGGCAAACAAAAACCACGGUCUAAAAGUUGCUCCAAAAUUUUGAAAUCUCACGAUAGGUCAUAUCGACGUAUCAGGGUAGAAGAAAGAUAAGAUUCAAUGAGGAAAGUAGACAGACAAAAACACACACACACACACAAAACGUGAGCCGUCCCCGUUGAAAAGAGGAAUUAAAGGAUUGGAAAUAGGGAAAAAUAAGAUGAGCGAAAAAUGAUAAUUCACACACAUUCACACGGUUAAGUGCACGGCAAGACCUCUGUACACACUCUUUGUCCCUGUCUCAAUCUGUCUUUCUUACAGUAUCUUGCCGACCAAUUAAAAACUAAGCUAUCGUUACGAGCGAGAGAGAAAAAAAAACAGAAUAAAAUAAGACGAAAAUUGGUGUGAGGAUAACAAAAUAAUUUGAAAAAAAAAAAAAAAAAAAAAAAAAUAAUAAUGUGCACGAGUUCGUCGGAACUUUUGAGCCUCCAGACUGUGUCGUUUUCGAUCGAAACGAGACCUUAAAUAUAAAUAUCUAUACAUAUUAUACAUACGAUUUUUUCGUACCUCUCAGCUACGCAAUUGUCCUUUUUUACGUCGAUCGAACGAACGAAUGACUCCAUUUUGAAAAUAAUAAAAGAAAAAAACAAACAAUUUUACGAAUCAAUGAAAUAAAAAGGAAAAGGAAACAAACCGAAUAGCUAAUAAAGCCGAAUACGCCCACGAGUUUGAGACUCUCAACGGUACAUCGAAGUCACAGAUUCAUGGUCAGUCACCGUCAUGCAAUUUUGCUCGCACUCAUCAUUGUUUUCGUUCGAAGCAUCGUUGAAUUCAUCCACUUUAUCAUUUUGUCUGAGGGAAAAAAAAAUUGGAAACACGACGAACAUAACGUUCGAUUUGCGAAUACAGGGAAAGAGAGAGGGAUAAAGUGAGGGAGCGAAUACAAUUAUAAUUUACCGAUAAAAUUAUCGAUUUAAUUGAAUGAACAUCGCGUCGCGGUGGCAACCGGGUUCCCCGAUGAGCACACGUGACGCCAAAUAUUUUUGCCAUUCCAAUCAGUAUUUGUACAUAGACAUUGUAAAUAUUCAUGCGAACAUCCGAUAUAGAGUAUAUUCAAAAUAUACAAUGGGAAUUAAGAGAAAAUACACGAAAGGAAGAAUGGAGAAGGAAAAAACGAAGCAGAAAAAAAAUAACAAAAGAAACUAAUCUUAUCGUUAGAGAAUUAUUAUUAUUACCAUUAUAGGAAAUUAUUUGUAACAAAUGAAAGAAAUAAUAACAGAUUAAAAACAGAAAGCUAUUAAAUAUUGCAAGAUUAAUAAAGAGGAAAUGGGAGAGAUCGAAGGAAGAGAUAUUGAGGAGCAAUCGAGCAAUCGUCGCUGUACAAUGUUUGAAAAUGAAGAAAUGUAUCAAAUAUACACGGUAACAGGAAAGGGAGAGAGAGAGAGAGAGAGAGAGAGAGAGAGAGAGAGAGAGAGAGAGAGAUGUAAUUUGCUCCAUGUGUGGCUUUCAAUGUAAACGUCACAGGCAUAGAAAAUGAAAAAAAAAAAAAAAACAAACAAACAAACAAACGUCGAGCAACAUCGGGCCAUUGAGUAAAACGAAAAAAAUUGAAUAGAAGAAAAAUUAAAACGGUUCCUUCGUCUAAAGAAAUCGUGAAUGUCGACGUCACACAAAUUUAUCAUUUUGAAAAACAAUUCGUGUGUGUCUUUUUUACUGUGGAAAAACAACAACAACAACAACAAAACAAACUCAAACAAACGUAAGGUCAGCAAAACGCAACAUGAAUGAAUAUACGUUUGGAUGCGCAAAUAUUUCAUCGUUGAAAAUGCACAAGCGUCACUAAAGUGUAGCACUUUGAAUUCGGAUUUUCGUAGAUUCCGAGUAAAGCGUAUCCGCAUUUUAUAUACAAAGAAAAAAAGAAACGAAUGAACGUACAUAAAGCACCAACAUCCUCACACACGAACACACAUCUGGCUGCGAAUCAUCAUUGAUGAAGCCCGUUAAAUUUACGUUUGUAUAUCACAAGAAAAAAAAACUUAAUUUCGUGCCAGUCCCGUCCGGCAUGAUAUUGAGUUAUUGUAAUCAUAAAUUGAUGUAAUAAACUGUUUAUUGAUCUUGUCA